GCAGUUUUCUUCUUCUUCUCGUGCAGCAGCAGAAGCAGAAGCAGCAGCAGCAGCAGCAGCAGCGGCGACAACAGCGGGAGAAAAAUGUCGGAGCCGAACAGACACGACAUUUCUGCCAUUUUCAAGCGACUGCGCUCCGUUCCCACGAAUAAGGUUUGCUUUGAUUGUGCAGCCAAAAACCCCAGCUGGGCCAGCAUCACUUAUGGUGUGUUCCUGUGUAUAGACUGCUCAGGGACUCACAGGUCUCUGGGGGUGCACCUGAGCUUCAUCAGGUCUACUGAGCUGGACUUUAAUUGGUCCUGGUUCCAGCUAAGAUGUAUGCAAGUCGGAGGCAAUGCCAGUGCGAUUGCUUUUUUCAGUCAACACGGCUGCACGGCCAGCGCUGCCAACGCCAAAUACAACAGCAGGACGGCUCAGCAGUACAGAGACAAGCUGAGGACUUUAGCGACGCAAGCCACCAGACGACAUGGCACAGAGCUGUGGCUCGACAGUCAGGCUCCUCUGUCUCCAACAUCACCAGAAGACAAGCAUGUGGAUUUCUUUAGUCUGCAUUCACAGGGAGAACCUGAAACGUUGGACAUGUCCAAAAUGAGUCUGAGCUCCUUCACAACAGAGCCGAGUUCAACUCGGGAAAAAGACGAAGACAGAAACGGUAAUUCAGAGGACGGUCCAAGUGUGGAAAUGCUGAGUGUUUCCCCAAAAGCAAAUCCAGAGCCGCUCUCUCUUCUCAAGAAGAAGCCAGCUGCUGCCAAGAAAACAUUGGCCUCUAAGAAAGGAGGUCUGGGCGCUCAGAAGGUCAGCAGCAAGAGCUUCUCAGAGCUGGAGAAGAAAGCUCAAGCUGCAGACAAGCUGAGAGAGAAGGAGGAGAGCAGCAGCAGCAGCAGCAGCAGCAGCGCCACGGACAAGAGGAAUAUUCAACCUGACCAAUCCAUUGCUCCAUCGCUGCGACUGGCCUAUAAAGAUCUGGAGGAGCAGAGGAAAAAAGAGGAGGCGAAGCUGAAGGGGUUAGAGGGGAAGAGGAAGGAGCAGGCUGAGAGACUGGGCAUGGGCCUAGGCAUGAGGAGUGCCGUUUCACAUUCUGUCACUUCAGACAUGCACAUGAUCGAGCAGGAGAGUCCUCAGGGGACAAAGAGCAACAGGGGACGACGCUUUGUGGAGGAAGACGACGACGAAGGCUCCUUCACGUCCAGGUCAGACACAGAUCUGCUCCGUGACGACGACGACGCCCCUCCUUCACGGGUCCACGUUAAUCACAGCUUCUCUUUCAGGAGGUUUGAGAAUCAGCUGGAACCUUCAGAUCAUUUUCACUCCCGCUGGGAUGAUGGAGGUGAUGCAGGAAACUGGAGCAAGAAACCAGAGGCAGACUUCUACUUGACCUCCACCAUGUCUUCACUUGACGACAGGCCUGCCGCCCGCAGGAAACCAGAACCACUGCCGGUGCUGGAGACGGGAGAAGUUCAGAGGAAGUUUGGAUCUGAUGUCAAAGCAAUCUCUUCUGAUAUGUUCUUUAAAAAACCAGACAACAUGGAGUAUGAAGCCAAAACACGACUGGACAGAAUGUCCGGGAACGCAGCGAUAAGUUCUGCAGACCUGUUUGACGAUCCAAAGAAACACAACGCCACUUCGUACCGUCUGACCAACGUCCUGCCCAACGCUCCCGACAUGUCGCAGCUCAGACUGGGAGUGCGCUCCGUCGCAGGGAAGCUCUCCGUCAUGGCCAGUGGAGUCGUGAACUCAAUUCAGGACCACUACAGUUCUUGAGUGUGUGAGACAGAGUGAGACAGAAGGACAAAGACCACUCACCGUCCUGGAGACAUUUACGUUGUUUAAGUUGUUGUUGUUGUUUAUCGAUAGAGUGGAGAUGACUGAAGCACAAUAUUUGUUCAUCUUGAAGUCAAAUGAAGAAGAUUUAGUUUGCAGUGUGUUGCUGGUGCUGGGUUUACAUGUGUAGUGUGUGUGUGUGUGUGUGUGUGUGUGUGUGUGUGUGUGUGUGUGUGUGUGUGUGUGUGUGUGUGUGUGUGUGUGUGUGUGUGUGUGUGUGUGUGUGUGUGUGUGUGUGUGUGUGUGUGUGUGUAGCAGGGUCACAAGGUUCAUGGUGUGAUGAUUUUUUUAAUUGAUGAGGUCAUAAAAAAAAAAACCUAAGCCGCAAAGACUGUAGAAAGACACACAAUCAUCACACACUCUUUGUCGUGUGUGGCUUUUUUCUUUUUUCUUAAUCUUGCACAUUCCCACGUUUAAAAAAAGAAAAAAAAAAAAAAAGAAAGUGUCCUUUUCUGUCCCUAAAGUGCACUUAAGUUUGCUCUUCCUCACACGGGACCAAACGCUGAUGACGAGGCCUUAAGAGAGCGUUUGUAUGUGAAUUAAGACGAGUCGCUGUGUGUUCCUUGUUUUUGUUGUUGUACAGAGAAGAAACACAGAUUCUGAGCACAUGUCAAAGUUUAAAACAUGACUUUGGUUUUUGUGGAAAUGCACUAUUCACUCUUUCUUUCUUUCUUUCUUUCUUUCUUUCUUUCUUUCUUUCUUUCUUUCUUUCUUUCUUUUUUGGCCUAAAACUUGACCGAGGCGUCGAUGUCUUAUCUGACUCUACAAGAAAAAGAAAAGCCUUUUUCUCAAGCUUUUCCACUAUAAAAAGAAAAAAAACACUAAUCUGGUUAACGUGAAUCUAUGUAAAGAGAGACACUUGUUUUGAUCAUGUGUUUCGUUAGAGUUCCUUUGUUGAUGAUGAUUUCCUGAGU